GGUCGGGCCGGAGGCGGGAGGCGGCGGCGGCCCGCGCCUGCCCGCGCCCCGCUCGGCCCCCGGCCCUGCCCGCGGCGCCCGGCCUCCUUCCGUCCCUGCCGUGCUCCCUCCGUCUUCCGUGCGCGUCCCGCUCGGCCGGCGUGCCUCACGCCUAACGGGCGGCCGCGGGCGCCAAUCAGCGGGCGGCAGGGUGCCAGCCCGGGGCUGCGCCGGCGAAUCGGCGGGGCCCGCGGCUCGGGGAGGGAGGCGGGGCUACCGCGCGCGGCGGCGGAGGAGCAGCUCGCCAGCCUGCAGCUCGCGAGCGCUGUGCGAGCCGCCCGAAGGGUAUAUUUACCAGGCUGUUCCUGAGUGUGGAUUGUAACCUUUGGUAAGAAAAUGUCGUCCAUCUUGCCAUUCACUCCGCCAGUGGUGAAAAGACUUCUGGGAUGGAAAAAAUCAGCCAGUGGGUCUGGAGGAGCAGGUGGCGGGGAACAGAACGGACAAGAAGAAAAGUGGUGUGAGAAAGCCGUGAAAAGUCUGGUGAAGAAGCUAAAGAAAACAGGACGAUUGGAUGAGCUCGAGAAAGCCAUCACCACUCAGAACUGCAAUACUAAGUGUGUCACCAUCCCCAGCACUUGCUCUGAAAUUUGGGGACUGAGUACACCAAAUACGGUAGAUCAGUGGGAUACAACAGGCCUUUACAGCUUCUCUGAACAAACCAGGUCUCUUGAUGGCCGUCUCCAGGUUUCGCACCGGAAAGGGCUGCCGCAUGUUAUAUACUGCCGGUUAUGGCGUUGGCCGGACCUUCACAGCCAUCAUGAGCUCAAGGCAAUUGAAAACUGCGAAUAUGCUUUUAAUCUGAAAAAAGAUGAAGUGUGCGUAAAUCCUUACCACUACCAGAGAGUUGAGACACCAGUUUUGCCUCCAGUAUUAGUGCCUCGGCACACAGAGAUCCUGACAGAACUGCCGCCUCUGGAUGAUUAUACCCACUCCAUUCCAGAAAACACUAAUUUCCCAGCAGGAAUUGAGCCACAGAGUAAUUACAUCCCAGAAACGCCACCACCUGGAUAUAUCAGUGAAGAUGGAGAAACAAGUGAUCAACAGUUGAACCAAAGUAUGGACACAGGCUCCCCAGCUGAGCUGUCUCCUACCACUCUUUCUCCUGUCAAUCACAGCUUGGAUUUGCAGCCUGUUACCUACUCGGAGCCUGCCUUUUGGUGUUCGAUAGCAUAUUAUGAACUGAACCAGAGGGUUGGAGAGACCUUCCAUGCCUCACAGCCCUCGCUUACUGUGGACGGCUUUACAGACCCAUCGAACUCGGAGAGGUUCUGCUUGGGUUUGCUCUCCAAUGUUAACCGAAAUGCUACUGUAGAAAUGACAAGAAGGCAUAUAGGAAGGGGAGUACGCUUGUAUUACAUAGGUGGGGAAGUUUUUGCCGAGUGCCUAAGUGAUAGUGCAAUCUUUGUGCAGAGCCCCAACUGUAACCAGAGAUACGGCUGGCACCCUGCAACAGUGUGUAAAAUUCCUCCAGGCUGUAACCUGAAGAUCUUCAACAACCAGGAAUUUGCAGCUCUUCUGGCUCAGUCUGUCAAUCAGGGUUUUGAAGCCGUUUAUCAGCUAACUCGAAUGUGCACCAUAAGAAUGAGUUUUGUGAAGGGGUGGGGAGCAGAGUACCGGAGGCAGACAGUAACAAGUACUCCUUGCUGGAUUGAACUUCAUCUGAAUGGCCCUCUGCAGUGGUUGGACAAAGUAUUAACUCAGAUGGGAUCCCCUUCAGUGCGAUGCUCGAGCAUGUCAUAAAGCCCAUCACUAGUCAAGUCCAUCGAGAGACUUCGUGUAACAACCUCUCUGUCAUAGUAUUUGUGUAUGAUCCCGUGGACUGUUUGCUAUCCAAAAAUUCCAGAGUGAAAACAGCACUUGAGGUCUCAUCAGUUAAAGCACCUUGUGGAAUCUGUUUCCUAUAUUUGAAUAUUAGAUGGGAAAAUUAGUGUCUAGAAAUGCCCUCCCCAAAAGGGGAAGAAAAGACUUAAAGACUUAGUGAUGUCUUGUUGGGCAUAUGACAGUGUCCCAAAGGUUAUUAAUAACAGUAGUAGUUAUGUGUACAGGUAAUGUAUCAAGACCCAGUAUUGCAGUACUAUGCUGUUUGUAUACAUUUUUAGUUUGCAUAACUGAGGUGUGUGUGCUGCUUCUUGGUCUAGGCAAGCCUUUAUAAAGUUACAGUACCUAAUCUGUUAUUCCCACUCUCCGUUAUUUUUGUCUUUUUUAAUAUAUAAUAUAUAUAUAUUAAGAUUUUCAAAUUAUCGUUUAGAAGCAGAUUUUCCUUGUAGAAACUAAUUUUUCUGCCUUUUACCAAAAAUAAACUUGGGGGAAGAAAAGUGGA